AUGGCGACCACUUCUUCCAUGUUCAUGUACUCACUCACCAUCCAACCGCCCACAGCCAUCACUCAAGCUAUACUCGGCCAGUUCUCUGGCACCAAGGAGCAGCAGAUAGUCUCUGCUGCCGGCUCGAAGCUCACCAUCCAUCGCACGGAGCCGUCCCAGGGCAAGGUGCAGACGCUCUUCUCCCAGGAUGUCUUUGGCAUCAUCAGGUCCCUCGCCGCGUUCAGGCUCGCCGGCAGCAACAAAGACUACAUCAUUAUCGGCUCUGAUUCUGGGAGAAUCACAAUUGUCGAGUAUGUGCCGGCGCAGAACCGGUUCAAUCGGAUUCAUCUCGAGACCUUUGGGAAAUCAGGCGUCAGACGCGUCGUUCCGGGACAGUACCUCGCCGUCGACCCCAAGGGAAGAGCCUGCUUGAUCGCCUCGGUGGAGAAGAACAAGCUGGUCUACGUUCUCAACCGAAACGCGCAGGCCGAACUUACCAUAUCCUCGCCCUUGGAGGCUCACAGGCCGCAGACGGUCGUCUUUGCCCUCACCGCGCUCGAUGUAGGCUAUGAGAACCCCAUCUUCGCCGCGCUAGAGGUUGAGUACACCGAAGUCGACCAGGACUCUACGGGCCAGGCGUACGAAGAGACGGAGAAGAUGCUGGUCUACUACGAACUUGACCUUGGACUCAAUCAUGUCGUCAGGAAGUGGGCUGACCCCGUCGACCGUACCGCGUCUAUGCUCUUCCAAGUUCCAGGAGGUGCAGACGGUCCAAGUGGUGUCUUGGUUUGCGCAGAGGACAACAUUGUUUACCGACACUCAAACCAGGACGCCUUCAGAGUCCCUAUUCCGCGCCGGCGUGGCCCUACCGAAAACCCGGAGCGUAAACGAUGCAUCACUGCAGGAGUAAUGCAUAAAAUGCGCGGUGCUUUCUUCUUCCUCUUGCAGUCCGAGGAUGGUGACCUGUUCAAACUGACCAUGGAAAUGGUGGAGGAUGAAAACGAGCAGGCCACGGGCGAGGUCAAGAGGCUCAAACUCAAGUACUUCGACACAGUCCCACUGGCAUCGAGCCUCUGUAUUCUCAAGAGCGGUUUUUUGUUCGUCGCUAGUGAAACAGGCAACCAGCACUUCUACCAGUUUGAGAAACUCGGAGAUGACGAUGAUGAGAUUGAAUUUAUUAGUGACGACUACUCUGCCGACCUUACAGAACCCUUGCCUCCGGUCUACUUCCGACCUCGGCCAGCAGAAAACUUGAACCUGGUAGAAAGCAUUGCCUCGCUAAACCCACUGAUGUCUUGCUCCAUCGCCAACCUCACAGAGGAGGAUGCACCUCAACUAUACACUCUCUGCGGCACCGGUGCUAGAAGUAGCUUCAGGACGUUGAAACACGGCCUAGAGGUAUCUGAAAUUGUCGAGUCUGAACUACCCAGCGUUCCAUCAGCGGUCUGGACCACAAAGCUGACUCGAAACGACCAAUAUGAUGCCUACAUCGUCCUCUCUUUCUCCAACGGCACCCUCGUUCUGAGUAUUGGUGAGACUGUGGAAGAAGUCACAGACACCGGCUUUCUCUCAUCCGCCCCUACCUUAGCAGUGCAGCAACUUGGUGAAGACUCCCUCAUCCAAGUGCAUCCAAAGGGUAUUCGACAUAUCCAUGCAGACCAGAGAGUAAACGAGUGGCCGGCUCCACAACAUCGAUCUAUCGUUGCUGCUACCACAAAUGAGAGGCAAGUUGCCAUAGCUCUGAGCUCCGGAGAGAUUGUCUAUUUCGAAAUGGACACCGACGGCUCAUUGGCUGAGUAUGACGAAAAGAGACAGAUGUCUGGCACAGUGACCUGUCUGAGCUUAGGGGAAGUCCCCGAAGGACGAGUGAGGAGCUCGUUCCUCGCUGUCGGAUGUGACGAUUCGACUGUUCGAAUCCUCAGCCUUGACCCCGAAUCAACUCUUGAGAACAAAUCCGUUCAGGCAUUGACUUCUGCACCAUCUGCUCUUUCCAUCAUGUCAAUGAUUGAUUCUACCUCCGGCGGCCCGACGUUAUAUCUACAUAUCGGAUUAUACUCUGGAAUAUAUCUGCGCACGGUCCUGGAUGAAGUAACCGGAGAGCUGUCCGAUACCCGAACUCGAUUCCUGGGUGUCAAGCCAGUCAAGCUCUUCGGCGUUUCUGUCAAGGAGCAGAGAGCCGUCCUCGCCCUAAGCUCUCGCUCCUGGCUUGGAUACUCCGAUGUCCAGACCAUGAGUUUUACUCUCACACCCUUGAACUAUGUCGGGUUGGAAUGGAGUUGGAACUUCUCCUCUGAACAGUGCGUUGAAGGUAUGGUCGGUAUCCAGGGCCAAAACUUACGAAUAUUCUCUAUCGAGAAACUGGAUAACAAUCUCCUUCAAGAGUCAAUUCCUCUUGCUUAUACCUCUCGUAGCCUCGUCCGCCAUCCUGAGUAUCCUAUCUUCUAUGUUAUCGGGUCCGAUAACAACGUUCUUUCACCCUCUACCAAAGCCAAAUUGCUCAGUGAAUCAACUACAGUUAACGGCGAUAAUGCCGAGCUACCUCCAGAGGAUUUUGGCUACCCUCGAGGUACCAACCACUGGGCUUCGUGCAUCCAAGUCGUGGACCCAAUCAACGCCAAGGCUGUCAUGUCCAGGAUUGAACUUGAAGAUAACGAAGCAGCUGUCAGUAUCGCCGCAGUGUCUUUUACGAGUCAAGAAGAUGAAACCUUCCUGGUCGUGGGGACGGGUAAAGGCAUGGUCGUCAGUCCCCGUUCCUUUACGUGUGGCUUUAUUCAUAUAUAUCGAUUCCAAGAGGAAGGUAAGGAGCUAGAGUUCAUCCACAAGACGAAGGUUGAACAGCCACCACUGGCCCUCCUUGGGUUCCAAGGUCGUCUACUUGCUGGUAUCGGCCCUGAUUUAAGGAUUUAUGACCUGGGAAUGAGACAACUCCUACGAAAGUGUCAAGCUCAGAUCACACCGCGUGUGAUUGUGGGACUCCAGACCCAAGGAAGCCGAAUCAUCGUCAGUGAUGUCCAGGAAAGUGUUACCUAUGUGGUUUACAAGUACCAAGAGAAUAACCUCAUUCCCUUUGCUGACGAUAUAAUACCCCGCUGGACUACUUGUACCACGAUGGUGGACUACGAGACGGUUGCUGGUGGCGAUAAGUUUGGCAACAUAUGGCUUCUCCGUUGUCCCCCAAAGGCAUCCGAAGAAGCUGACGAAGACGGUUCCGGUGCCCAUUUAAUACACGAACGACAAUAUCUCCAGGGAGCACCUAACAGAUUAAGCCUGGUAGCACAUUUCUAUUCCCAAGACAUACCCACAAGUAUCCAGAAGACCCAGCUUGUCGCAGGUGGCCGUGAUAUCCUCGUUUGGACCGGUCUACAGGGAACAGUUGGAAUGCUUAUCCCGUUCGUUACCCGUGAUGAUGUCGAUUUCUUCCAAACACUUGAAAUGCAGCUUACUUCUCAAAACCCCCCCUUGGCCGGACGAGAUCAUCUCAUCUACAGAGGCUAUUACGCUCCGUGCAAAGGGGUUAUUGACGGGGAUCUGUGUGAGACUUUCUUCCUUUUGCCAAAUGAUAAAAAGCAGGCUAUCGCAGGCGAGCUCGACCGGUCAGUACGAGAGAUCGAGCGCAAGAUAUCGGUAAGUAUAGCACUGCUCCAUUCCUGCCGCAAAAUAGAGCAAGGUCUAACAUUCAUCUAUAUAGGACAUGAGGACCAAGGUAGCUUAUUAAAUGCCUUUUUUUAA